UUUCUAUUACAGCUUAUUUGGCAUAAACGGCUACCCUUACAGAGCCUGACUACAUCAGGGGUACAAAACCAACCUCCUUUAAAGUUAAGUCCAGGAGGUACUUGAUUGUAUUCCGGUCGUCCCCCUCCCUUGUAAUGAAUCAAGGAGCAAAACAGGGACCAUACCGGUAAAGACAAGAUGCGGUCACGGCGUGACGGCCCAGGGCCGCUUUUUCUAUAAUUGUUGCUGCCAUCAGUCAGCAGCUCUACCCACCCUUUCGCCCAGUUCUGGUCCAUUCCCCUUAUAACCUCCUCCUCUCACGCACUUUUCCCCCCCAAUCUCCUACCUUCUCUCACUACAUACCCACUCCUGCAAGGAAAAGCUUUCGACUCCCUCUACUUCCAAACCUAGCCACAUCUCUCCAUCCCCCUUGCCUGUCCCAUAAAACUCCUACCUCGUAAACAACCACAAGAGGCACAAUGUCUACUCGCAAACGGGGCCGCGGAGCCGCAGAGGAUGACGAAGAACUCGUAGCCUUACCCAGCGAUGAAAGUGAAGAGGAAGAAGAAUAUGAAGAAUCCGAUUUCGGCGAAGAAGAGGGAGAAGAUGAGUCAGGCUCCGGGGAAGAAUCUGAAGCUUCUGAGGAAGGGGAGCCUGAGAAAGAAGAACCCGCACAUAAGAAACGCAAAGUAGCGCCAGCCCCGUACACUGAAGCUCAGGGCGCAGAAGGGGAGGAAGAGGAAGAGGAGGAAGAAGUUGAAGAACCGGAGCCAGAAGGAGCCGAGAAAGGCCUGGAGGCCGAAGGUGAUGAAGAUGAAGAGCAGGAGGAGGAAGAGGAAGAAGAAGCAGAACAGAGAGAGGACGAUGCACCAGCGCCUGUUAAGAAAGCUGGACUGGCUGUGUCCGAGGUGCCCGCGCCCGUUGAAAAAGUUGCUACUACCAAUGGUGCCGCGGUUGCUCCUGCUGCCGUGGAAGUGGGUAAUGGCGAAUAAGAGCUGGUAAUCGUGCAGCGCCACAGCCGGAGGGUUGCGGAAAAAAUGAGGGUUCGCGGUUAAUAAUUUUUUUUUUUUUUUUGUCGUUGUUUGGUUUUUUUUCUACUUCUUGUUUUUCUAUUUAAUUGGGGGGGUUGUAAGGGGAUAUGUGGGACCAGGUUUUCGCGCUCUCUUUUUAUGCGGGGGCGGGGAAUCAUUUCAUUUGGGCUGAGUAAGGAAGGAAAUAAUCGAAUUUUCCGCGAUUUAUCCUCUUUUUAGGUCCGAUUAUUUUCACUGAAGUAGUUUCUUAGUUAGUUUGUUAAAUGAAUGCUGUUCAUAUAAUCUUUCUUUUUUUUCCUCUCUCUGGAAGGAAAAUAUCGUUUUUCUCUUCGAGAGAGGAGAAAAGUUAUGGAGUCCAUUUUUCUCCAACUUAUUUUUUUCUUCGCCUAUUAUCCAAUCAUUGAAGACGGCAUCCGGCGAGCGUGAGAUUUUUCACGAAGUACUUCGUCCGGCGCCAACAAAAAAUAUGAAAAUGAAAUGUUUGUGUAUGUGUAGGCGUGUGCAUUUUUGUCUGAAAUAUUAUCGAGUGAGGUUUAAUUAGAGGGGCUGAUUAUCUAUUAUUCCCCUUAAUUCGCGCAAGGCAGUGAUCAUUAUUAACUAGUGUGGAGGAGCUGCCUCCCUUAUUGGAUGGUAUGCAAGAAUCUUUCAGUUCGGCUUGGUGUCCCACCACCGCAAUCUUGACCUUAGUUGAAUGAUUUCCUGACAUCCUUAGGGACUUUUUUGCAUUUGGAACUAUUAUUUUCUACGUCGGGGAGAUAUGAAGGAGCUCAUAAAUAGGAAUGCUCUUACGGGGAAAGUCCUGUCAGCAAAAGUGCGGACUGCACUGCACUAGCGACACAUGCCUGCAAAAGCCUCGUAAUCCAGAUGGAUUGAUGAUAUCAAUGAUGGGAAAGAAGGAAGGAAUGA